AUGCGAUUUCCGGAGCCGGUUUUCCUCCUCUUCGUCACCCUCGCUGCGGGUACCUCGAGUCCAGUCACAACGACAUUAACACCCUCUACUUGUCCCUUCCGCACAGUUAACUACAUUACUCACAGCCUGCCUCAGCAAUGUCUCGCGUCCACCCGGAAAGCCAACAUCACUACCACCACGGUCGAGGGCAGCGCCUCUCCCAGCGUAGAACCAGCAUUGCCUACAUCUUCUGCAACUGACCAUUCCCACGGGACUGCCUCUUCAUCCGUCCUGUCUCCUGUUCACUCAUCAUCCACGAUUAAAUCUUCGGUCCAAUCUGUGUAUACUGGAGAAGAGCAGUCUGCCUCACGUCCUUCACAGACUGAAGUGCAUGGUGCUCCUUCCAGUCCAGGCCACGAUGAGUUGGAGGAGGAUUCUCCUCUCGAGGAUGGGAAAUUCCUUUCUUUCGAGGACUGGAAGCGGGAAAAUCUCAAAAAGUCGGGUCAAUCAGAACAUAUUGGCAAGGGGCAUGGGAUCGACGGCCGAGAGCCGCGCAAAAGAGCCGCGUCUCUUCGAGAUUCUCUAGAUUCUCUGGGGGAUGACGCUGAGAUAGAUUUGGACUUCUCUGGCUUUGUUUCUGAUACCCUCGACCCUCCGAACCAAGCCCAACCCAAGGUGCAGCAGGAGAUCCGCGACAGCGCCAUUGAGAUUGAACCGGGACGCGCCCCGAAAGCCGGAGUGAGGAGCAAAGAUGCCGGCACGACCUGCAAGGAAAGGUUCAAUUAUGCCUCUUUUGAUUGUGCAGCCAACGUUCUGAAGACCAACCCCGAAGCCAAAAGUGCUUCUGCCGUACUGGGAAAUAACAAGGACUCCUACAUGCUGAACGAGUGCUCUGCUCAGAACAAAUUUUUGAUACUGGAAUUGUGCGACGACAUAUCGAUCGACACUAUUGUGCUGGCAAACUUUGAGUUCUUCAGCUCGACGUUCCAUACUUUUCGAGUAAGCGUAUCUGACAGGUACCCAGUCAAAGUCGACAAGUGGAAGACUCUAGGCACUUUUGAAGCCCGGAAUACACGUGAAGUCCAAGCAUUUUUGGUCGAGAACCCGGUCAUUUGGGCACGCUAUCUGCGCAUCGAGUUCCUCACGCAUUAUGGUAACGAAUUCUACUGCCCCGUCAGUCUAGUCAGAGUCCAUGGGACGACAAUGCUGGAGGAGUACAAGCACGAUCUUGAAUCAGUCCAGAUGGAGGAUGAAGGCAAAGCGGAGCAGGAAAGCGCCGAGAAUGCAGAAGAGAACGGACUCGUCUCGGAAGCAGUGGCUGAGCAACUCUUGACUGAGACCGAUGAUGUUGAGGAGCCUGUCGACACCGCUGAUCCAACAAUUGCAUCUGAUCCAUUCGGGGUGCAAGAUCCUCUCCUCAGUCAUACUCAACGUCCCCUGGUUGAAGGUAGUCGGGUCGCGGUUUCAACAUCUCCUGCUCUUUCGUCUCAGAUGCCCAAUGACUUGGAAGAUCACAAUGAUGGGCCCAGCACAUGUGAGACCACGAAAGACAAUGCUAGUAUAACUUCCGAUCCUCUUGACCCACAAGAUAUCACACAAUCGUCUGAUACAGAAGCUGCAAAGCUCAGUACCGAUGUCCUGGUAUCCAGUUCUUUGAGGGCAAAUAACGUCACAACGACGUCAACGGACUGCUCAAUCAUUACAUCCAAAUCUGAUUCGAUCGUCGACUCAACAGCUGCCAAUGCUUCAUCUUUCCCACCUACCAGCAACAGUUCGAAAGCAUCCAUGUCCUCGACGCAGCCGUCUCAUCCAGCUCCGACGAUGCAAGAGUCCUUUUUCAAAUCGGUUCAGAAACGUCUGCAAAUGCUUGAGUCGAAUUCUUCCCUCUCCCUUCAGUACAUAGAAGAUCAAUCUCGUGCCCUCCGGGAUGCGUUCCACAAAGUGGAACAGAGACAGCUGGCCAAAACAACUUCUUUCCUCGAACAUUUAAACACCACGGUCCUCAACGAGCUCAGAGAAUUCCGACAACAGUACGACCAAUUGUGGCAGUCUACGGUCAUAGAGCUCGAGCUGCAGCGCGAGCGCUACCAACGGGAAAAUAUUGCCAUCAAUGCUCGGCUCGGCGUUCUUGCCGACGAAGUCAUCUUUCAAAAGCGCAUGUCCUUUCUGCAGUUGAUUCUCAUCUUGAUCUGCCUCGGGUUGGUGCUGUUCUCCAAAGGUAACCUGAACAGCUAUCUUGAGCUGCCGCUAGUACAAAGUGUUUUGUCGAGAUCUCCGAGUACUCGAUUCGUGAAUGUCUCCAGCCCUGAUACACCCUCGCAGAACUCUCCAGUGUCAAGAUCGAACUCCGCUGGUCCAGCGCGACGGCGUCUCGGUAUUUUAAAGGGCCAUCGGCGUUUCCCGUCCGAAGACUCGGUCGACAACACAUUGAGUCCAUCUGAUUUGUACUCGCCACCGACUCCUGUGAGCUUUGGGGAUCCUUCAUCGGACGGUGACGACAAAGACGACAGUAACCGACUCGGGGAUCCCCAAUUCGAUCCCAGUCUGAUCGAACGACCUAGUACGAGCCCACCGGUGCUGGCGGGGGCAGAAAUAUCCAGCGACUCGGAGCCUAGCACAGGGGUUAUGGAGGAUUCCAUCGAUAAUGUGCUCAGAAGUACCUCGUCACACGGUAUGCAAACGAAGCCUCCUAUCCUCCUUGUCGAGGAUGCCACGCCUCCUCCGAAACAUCUGAAGUGGCAACUGCCAGAGAGCUAG